GCCUAGUCUGGUAGAAAGUGUCUAAAACAUAGAGCUUUAUAUAGCAACUCAACGAGUCAUACAUACACCUCACCCUUCACCUGUGUCUAAAUUCCUCUAAAUCUUUGCUCAAUCAAUUCUUCAACCCUGUCUCUAUUUCCAUCUCCUGCAAACACAACUAUGGCCAGUGAAACAGUUUUGGUUGAUGAGAUCACUUACCCUUCCAAGAUCACCACCACCAAGCCCCUUUCUCUACUGGGUUAUGGCCUUAAUGACAUGGUGAUCCACUUUCUCCAAGUGAAAUUCUACACAAUUGGGGUUUAUUUGGACCCUGAAGUAGUAGGGCACUUGCAGCAGUGGAAAGGUACACCUGCAAAGGAGCUGGAAGAGAAAGAUGACUUCUUUGAUGCUCUCAUUUCUGCUCCGGUGGAGAAGGCUAUUAGACUUGUGGUGAUGAAAGAGAUCAAGGGCGCACAGUAUGGAGUUCAGAUUGAGACUGCUGUGAGGGACCGGUUGGUAAAUGAUGACAAAUAUGAGGAUGAAGAAGAAGCUGCUUUGGAACAAGUUGUUGAGUUUUUCCAGUCUAAGUACUUCAAGAAAAAUUCAGUAAUCACAUUUCAUUUCCCAGCAAAUUCUCCAACUGCUGAGAUUGUUGUGUCUUUGGAGGGAAAAGAAGACACCAAGUUUGUAGUAGAGAAUGCCAAUGUGGUAGAGACCAUCAAGAAAUGGUACCUUGGUGGAUCAGGGGCGAUUUCUCCAUCAACUAUUUCAUCUUUGGCUAGCAAUCUGUCAGAGGAGUUGUCCAAGUGAAGAGAACCUCAUGCUGUAUAAUCUUUGAGGGAUCUGUGUUGUGUUUGUAAUAUUUUCGGAUUUCGGCUUUUUAACUUUUCAGAAUAAUGUUGUUGUUUACAUGUCAAAUUCUUGAGUGCUAAUGGUUAUUCUUCAAAUAA